AUCUCAAAGGCGCUUAACUUUCCUCCUCCCUUUCAUUGCAUCUCAUACGAAGAUUUUUAUUCUUAAAUUUCUUCGUUGUCUCUUGCAUUUCUCUCAUUCUUAUACCGUUUCUUUCUUUUUCUCUUUCCUCUUAAUCGAAUAAUACCUUUCGUGAAGAUGAACGGAUCCGAGAGACAACAAUCUGCAGACCCUGCUGGUGCGAUGACCAGCAGCGCGGAUCGUAUGGUGGGCAUGGACCACGCCGAAGUCCGUUAUUUUACUAGCUACGAUCAUCAUGGCAUCCACGAGGAAAUGCUUAAAGAUGAUGUCCGUACCCGAUCGUACCGCGAUGCUAUCUACCAGAACCGUCAUAUCUUCAAGGAUAAGGUUGUCCUCGACGUUGGAUGCGGUACUGGAAUUCUCAGCAUGUUUGCCGUCAAGGCCGGCGCCAAACACGUGAUUGGCGUUGACAUGUCCUCGAUCAUCGAAAAGGCCCGCGAGAUUGUCGCCGUCAACGGGAUGGCCGAUAAGAUUACCCUCCUCCAAGGAAAGAUGGAGGAAGUCGUUCUCCCCUACCCCAAGGUUGAUAUCAUUAUCUCGGAGUGGAUGGGAUACUUCCUUCUCUAUGAGUCCAUGUUGGACACCGUCCUCUACGCCCGUGACCGCUACCUCGUGCCCGGCGGCAAGAUCUUCCCCGACAAGGCCACCAUGUACCUGGCUGCAAUUGAGGAUGGCGAAUACAAGGACGACAAGAUUGGAUUCUGGGACAACGUUUACGGCUUCAACUACAGCCCCAUGAAGGAAAUUGCUCUCACUGAGCCCCUGGUCGACACCGUGGAGAUGAAGGCCUUGGUUACUGACCCCUGCCCCAUCAUCACCCUCGAUCUCUACACCGUCACCACCGCCGACUUGGCCUUCAAGGUCCCCUUCUCUCUGCCUGCCAAGCGCAGCGACUUCAUUCACGCCGUGAUUGCCUGGUUUGAUAUCGAGUUCGGUGCCUGCCACAAGCCUAUCCUCUUCUCCACCGGCCCUCACGCCAAGUACACGCACUGGAAGCAGACCGUUUUCUACUUGCGUGAUGUGCUGACCGUCGAGGAGGAGGAGACCGUGACUGGUGUUCUGGAGAACAAGCCGAACGACAAGAACAAGCGUGAUCUUGAUAUCACCAUUGAUUACAAGUUCGAGACCACCGAUCCGGUGCGGUACUCGGAGGGCAGCUGUUUCUACAGGAUGUGUUAAAUCAAUACAUUCGCUUCUGACCACUUGCGGUCUACGAUAUUCGAAUGUUGUGUCAUAGCCCCGUACGGAACUUCGUACCCGCAAAAAAUUUUACGCAUGGAUAGCAUAGCAUAUAUGAGGGUCCAUAAUAUGGGCAUUGGGAUAUUGUUGAAGUUCUGGUUCAAAAUCAUGGUCCGGUAUCUAUUUUGUUUUCGAUUUUUCAUUGUUGAGAUUUGCUUUUACGGCGUUGUUUUUGGAAGAAGGCAGGGGAACGGGCAUCAUUAUUCGGCGCGAUACGGAGAGAUGAUUUCCACAAGAGACGAUCAUGAAGCUCCUCGAAUUCCCCAAGUAGAUACCCCGAGUCGACGCUUAGUCUAGCUGCCUCCGAUCUCCUUAUCUUGUUAAGGUUCGAACUCUUUUGUGUUUUUUUCUCUUUCAUGGACCUUGAAGUUUAUAUCACAAUAUAGAGAAAUAUACCUUUUUUGUCUUAUCU